AUGGCUACACUGGAGCCAAUGGGUCAGUUGUCCGUACCCAGUAUUCUAGGAAUAAUUGCUUUUGUCAUUGGUAAGCUAGGAAACAGCUUCAUAGCCCUGGUGAACUGCAUCGACUGGGUCCAGACAAGAAAGAUCUUUUUCAUGGACAGAUUUCUCAUGGCUCUGGCAGUCUCCAGAAUUGGUUUGCUCUGGGUAAUGUUAAUGAAUUCGUAUGUAUCUAUGUUUAAUUUAGAUUUUUUUAUGACUCAAAAAAUGUUAACGACAAUUGUAAUCUUCUGGACAGUGAGCAAUCAUUUCAGCCUCUGGUUUGCUACAAGCCUCAGCAUCUUUUAUUUUCUUAAGAUAGCCAAUUUUUCUGACUCUAUUUUUCUCUAUCUCAAGUGGAGAGUUAAAAAGGUGGUCUCCAGCACACUGUUUACGCUCGUGCCCUUUGCCGUGACCCUGAUAGUUUUUCUCCUGCUAAUCUUCUCCCUGGGGAAUUAUCUCAGGAGAGUACAGCUCAAUGCCAAGGGCCCCAGAAGUGCCAGCCACAUAAAAGCCUUGCCAAGUGGGGUUGCCUUCCUGCUACUUGCUGUUUUCUUUCUGUCUCUUUCUAGGUCGUUUUGGUGCUUGGAGCUUCAAGUCAAAAAUCGGAUCACUAUGUUUUACCAAGAUGUUGGAGCUGUUUAUCCUUCGGGUCACCCGUUUGUGCUGAUUCUGGGACACCAUAAGCUGAGACAGGCCUUUCAAUCAGUGCUGGGCUGGCUGAGGUCUCGGUUCAAAGAUGAGAACCCUGUAAGCUCCUACACUAGAGAGAGGCUCAUCCUGCACGUCGUAGUUGAAAAUCAGUUAAUAAGGAAUUUUUUGACAUAA